AUGAGCAACGAGCAGCCCAAGCCACCCAUCAAAGGGAAAUUAGAGAAGACAACAACAAAAUUUUUACCACAGGUGGAUAAGCGGCUGAUUGGAGAUAAGAGCUUUUCCCAGCAGAGAGAGGUGCUCAGACUUGGGGAAGAAGUGGCGGGCAGCUCCGCUGGGCUGCGUGAGGAAAAGUGUGUGGAGUGCUGCUGGUUUUGCAGACCACCGUGGGAACGGCAAAGGGCUGCACCUGGACUGUGGGUUGUGUACCCUGCAGUACCCUAUACUGGCUCUCCCACUCAUUCCAGUGGCAUGCUCCAGGUAGCUAUCAAAAUAGUCAUUGCACCCAACAGUUUGAUUGACACCGUCCUUGGAGAAUAUCUGGCUCAGACAUCUAAGAAGCGUAAGGCCCAGGACUCUCUGGAUAUUGAUUUCGGUGCUGGACCAUCAACUUCUAAAGCAAAAACUAGCGUUAAAAAGGACCGGGAAAAUUUCAGAAGCGCUCUUGUUAACAUCAUCAUGCAACCAGACCUUAUUACAGAGCAAACGCUUUCCAUAGAAGGAGGAAAACUCGGCGCAUCGGAGUCCACUGCUGCAAUAGAGAAAGACAUUUUGAAAUAUUUCUACUACAUUCGCCACGGAAUAGAUACAGAGCACGUGGCCCCAAUGGAAGACUCGUGGCUGGAGCACGUCUUGGCACUCGUACCGGAACACCUGAAAGUGCUCAGUGAAAGUAUCUAUGUGCUCUCAGAUGAAAUGAGAGAGGACUAUCUUCUCAGUGUGAAGAAAGCAAUAGUUGACUUUGUUUUAAGAGAUCCCAGGGAAAAAGAGGAAGGCAAGACGCAAGUUCUUCCACCUCAUCGUGAAGAAAUGGAAGUAGUGCCAAAACCUUGGAAAAAGUCCUACAUCGCAGCUCGCUCCUAUAUUAAUGAAAAUUUGCAUGCUUUGAAUCCCACAAUGUUGGCUGUUCUGGACCUCUGGCAGACCUCUUUUAAAGAUUUGCGCUUAUUUGAUAAAGACGUAUUUCACAACCGCCAAGAAUCAAUGGAGCUCUCCUUCUUCCAGAACAUAGUUGUGAGGCAUAUGGAAUCUGCCAAAGAUAUUCUUUUUAAAAAGUGGUUUCCAGAAGUGCAAAAUAUCUAUUAUCAAGGCAAUAAACGAAAGCAGGUGCCCACGAAUGCCAGCAGUGCCCAAUUAGAGGCUUUCUUCAAUUGUGCUGCUGUUUUAAUGACCCAGCAAUUGCAAAGUCUAGCCUUGGUUUCAAUGCAGGACUUCACAAAUUUAAUUGCGCAACCUCCGAAAUCUAUUCGAGCUUAUGAACACCCAGGAUUUAUUAUGCGGCUGAUUCUUGAAAGUGACAGUGUUACAUUUGAGCCUGCAUUUUCUGACUACGAAGCCAUAUUUCUGAAUAUUUAUACAGUUAUGCUGAAAACUAUUAAUCUGCUUCCAAGAGUAGAGACCAAACUUUAUUCAAAGUGGCCGGAGAGCAAGACCAGAUCCUUGAACUUGAAACCUAUAAUCCUCAAUGAAAUUUUGGAGGCUCAUAAGCAAAAGGUUAAAGAUGAGAUUGCCAAAGAGAGCAUCGCACCCAUUGAGCACCUCAAACUCUACGAUAAGUACCAUGAUUUGAUCACCAAGCAAGCAGAUCGGGACAUCGAUCAAUUCCUUUCAGAGGAGCACACCUUUGAAGAAAUAACAGGACAAAUUGCAAAGUAUCAAAACAUCCGGGAUGAAAUUCAGUACAACUCCAGAAAGUGUAUUCGUCUAGGAAUGUUCGAAUUACAUUGUGAUGAACUGGUCCGAUCAUUGUCAAAGCGAGCCGAUGCUAUUUGUUCCAAAAUUAUUGCCAAAAUGUUCAAAGACCAUCAAGAUCAAAAUGUAAGGCUGUGCGAUGAGUUUGAGAAGAUAGCAGAGAAAGCCCUCACCACGCCAGCAAAUACUCAGGAACUCAUGGAAUUUAAGGCUUAUAUACAGAAAGUUGAAACAGUCGACAUGCUUGAGAUGGAGCAGAAAUUAAUCGAUGCCAAAAAUUGCCUUGCCUUCCUCAUCGAGUGUGCCAGCUUUUCACCAGUAGACAUUCGUCUAAACAAUAGUGUCUUUCAAUGGUUCGGACGAAUGGGCGAGAUUUUUGAAGAACACAGAAAGAUCAUUAAAGAGAAAACAGAGCAGUUUCAAGAAGGGCUUAAAAUGCGCUGUGAAAGGUUUGUUGAGGAACUGGAGAGUUAUUCCAAGCAGGUUGAAGAAUUUUACUCUUAUGGAGACAUCCAGGAAGUCAAUCGGUAUCUGAAAAAAGCCCAAGCACUGAAUACAAAGCUGGAUGCAGCUGCUGAUAAGAUUGAUCAGUUUAAUGCAGAAGAGGAGGCCUAUGGAUGGCUAGCGUCUCAGUAUCCACAACGUAAAAAAAUCCAAGACACUCUGAAUCCAUAUCUUAGACUUUAUGAUAUGACAGUAGAGUUUAACACCAAAUACAGAAACUGGAUGGAUGGAAUAUUUACCAAAGUGAAUCCAGAUCAAGUUGAGAUGGAUACAGGAAACUAUUGGCGUGCACUCUAUAAAUUAGAAAAAACCUUCCAUGAUUCGCCCAAUGCAUUAUUUCUAACAACAAGGAUCAAGACCAAAGUGGAAGAAUUUAAGGAACACAUUCCAUUGAUUCAAGUGAUCUGCAACCCUGGUUUGCAAGACCGGCAUUGGGAAGCCAUGUCAGAAAUAGUUGGAUACGCUUUGAAACCCUCUGAAGAUUCAACUGUCUCUUCAUAUAUUGACAUGCACCUUGAGCAAUUCUUGGAAAAAUUUGAAAGCAUCAGUGAAACAGCCAGCAAAGAACAUUCACUUGAGAAGGCCAUGGUGAAAAUGAUUUCAGAAUGGGAUGGCAUGGAAUUUAUUCUCCUUUCUUAUAGAGAGACAGGGACUUAUAUUUUAUCAGCUGUGGAUGACAUCCAGAUGUUGCUUGAUGACCAUAUCGUCAAAACUCAGACCAUGAGAGGAUCUCCUUUCAUCAAGCCUUACGAAAAAAAGAUGAGGGAGUGGGAAUCAAAACUUUUGUUGGUACAAGAAAUCUUGGAUGAAUGGCUCAAAGUUCAGGCUACCUGGCUAUAUCUAGAGCCAAUUUUCAGUUCUCCUGACAUUAUGGCUCAGAUGCCUGAAGAAGGUAGGCGAUUCACCACUGUGGACAAAACAUGGAAGGAUCUCAUGAAAUAUGCCAUACAGGACAAACACGUUCUUACAGUGGUAAUGAUAGACAAGAUGCUGGAAAAAUUGAAGAAGUGCAACGAGUUACUGGAAUUGAUUCUUAAGGGACUGAAUGAGUAUUUAGAAAAGAAGCGUUUGUACUUCCCCAGAUUCUUCUUCUUAUCCAAUGAUGAACUCCUUGAGAUUCUUUCAGAGACCAAAGAUCCUACACGGGUAAAGCCUCACUUGAAAAAGUGUUUUGAAGGAAUUGCGAGUGUCGAGUUUACUGAAGUCUUGGAUAUUACACACAUGAAAAGCAGUGAAGGAGAAGUGGUAGAACUCAUAAACACAAUAUCGACAUCUAAAGCUAGAGGUCAAGUGGAAAAAUGGUUACUUGAACUGGAAGCAGCUAUGGUCAAUUCCAUCCACAAGGUGAUUGGUGAUGCAAUAGUCGCCUAUCCAAAAACUGUCCGUAUAGACUGGGUGAGGGAAUGGCCUGGGCAGACAGUUCUCUGUGUAUCCCAAGCUUUCUGGACCUUGGAAGUACAAACCGCUAUUCGAAAUGGCCAGCAGGCCCUCGAGGAUUACCUGACCCAGUGCAACGGGCAGAUUGACGGCAUUGUCACCUUGGUGCGAGGAAAGCUGUCCAAGCAGAACCGCGUGACCCUCGGGGCGCUGGUUGUGUUGGACGUCCAUGCUCGGGAUGUCCUCGCUUCCCUUGUCAGCAAGCACGUCAAUGACGACAGCGACUUUGAAUGGCUAAGUCAGCUUCGGUACUACUGGGAGGAAGGGCAUUUACAGACAAAGAUGAUCAAUGCUGGCUUGCGGUAUGGAUACGAAUACCUUGGCAACACCCCUCGAUUGGUUAUUACCCCACUCACUGAUAGAUGCUACAGAACUCUCUUUGGUGCUCUCCACCUUCAUCUUGGUGGUGCCCCAGAAGGUCCUGCUGGAACUGGAAAAACGGAGACGACAAAGGACUUAGCAAAAGCUGUUGCCAAGCAGUGUGUUGUUUUCAAUUGUUCUGAUGGACUGGACUAUCUCGCUCUCGGAAAAUUCUUUAAGGGUUUGCUUUCCUGUGGAGCCUGGGCUUGCUUUGAUGAAUUUAACCGGAUUGACUUGGAAGUACUUUCGGUUGUUGCUCAACAAAUUCUUACCAUCCAGAGAGGUAUCAAUGCUGGCUCUGAUUUAUUGGUAUUUGAAGGGACUGAGCUCAGACUUAACCCAACAUGUGCUGUUUUUAUAACUAUGAAUCCUGGCUAUGCUGGACGCUCAGAACUUCCAGACAAUCUUAAGGCCCUGUUUCGGACAGUGGCGAUGAUGGUACCGGAUUAUGCCAUGAUUGCUGAAAUCGUCCUGUACUCCUGCGGGUUUGUUACUGCACGGCCCCUUUCUGUGAAAAUUGUAGCAACCUAUCGACUGUGUUCAGAGCAGUUGUCUUCACAGCACCACUAUGAUUAUGGCAUGAGAGCUGUGAAAUCCGUGCUCACUGCCGCUGGAAAUCUGAAGCUGAAAUAUCCAGAUGAAAAUGAAGAAAUUUUGCUGCUUAGAUCCAUUAUAGAUGUAAACUUGCCUAAGUUCUUGUCUCAUGAUCUACCACUUUUUGAGGGCAUUACUUCAGAUUUGUUUCCUGGUGUGAAGCUGCCGAAACCAGAUUACAACGACAUCCUGGAAGCCAUCAAGAUAAACUGUGAUGAAAUGAAUUUACAAAUGACUAACUUCUUCUCAGAGAAAAUCCUACAGAUAUUUGAAAUGAUGAUUGUUCGUCAUGGCUUUAUGAUAGUCGGAGAGCCCUUUGGAGGAAAAACAUCUGCAUAUCGGGUUUUGGCGGCUGCCUUGGGCGACCUGUGUGAAAAAGGGCUGAUGGAGGAAAAUAAAGUUCAGAUCACUGUUAUCAACCCCAAAGCUAUAACCAUGGGGCAGCUGUAUGGACAAUUUGAUCCAGUGUCUCACGAGUGGUCUGAUGGUAUCCUAGCUGUGAGCUUUAGAGCAUUUGCUUCUUCAGCUACACCUGAUAGGAAGUGGCUUAUUUUUGAUGGGCCAGUGGAUGCUGUUUGGAUUGAGAAUAUGAAUACCGUGCUGGAUGAUAACAAGAAACUCUGUUUGAUGAGUGGUGAGAUCAUCCAGAUGUCCCAGCAAAUGAGUCUUAUUUUUGAACCCAUGGACCUUGAGGUUGCAUCUCCUGCUACAGUUUCCAGAUGUGGCAUGGUCUACAUGGAACCUCACAUGUUAGGCUGGAGACCAGUGAUGCUGUCCUGGUUACAUCUGAUGCCACCCACGGUCACCGCUUUGCAUAAAGAAUUUAUAGCAAGCUUGUUUGACAGGAUAGUCCCACUUUCUGCUGAGUUUAUUAGAAAGUGUACAAAGGAACUGUCUCCUACGUCAGACACAAACUUGGUUCGAUCUUUAAUGAAUCUAAUGGACUGCAUGAUGGAUGAGUUUCACAAUGAAGCAAAACUUAAAACUGUUACCGACCGUGAAAUUUUUUCUUGGCUCGAGAGCACUUUUGUGUUUGCGCUCACCUGGUCUGUUGGAGCCAGCUGUAAAGAAGACGACCGGCUGAAAUUUGACCUGAUAGUGCGAGAGCUGCUUCAAGGGCCAAUGAGCGAUGAGACAAGAGAAAAAUAUAAAUUGCUGAGCGGCCUUGAGCACCUUCGUGCAAAAAUCUUGACUGUCCCCUACCCAGAAGAUGGAACAAUUUACGAUUACCGGUUUGUCAAAGACGGAGCAGGAAGAUGGGAGCCUUGGGUAGAAGCCCUUGAGACAGCUCCACCGAUAUCGAAAGAUAUGUUGUUCAAUGAAAUAAUUGUCCCCACUCUGGAUACCAUUCGAUAUUUUUCGUUAAUGGAGUUGUUGACAACACAUCAAAAACCUUCUAUAUUUGUUGGACCAACUGGAACUGGCAAGAGUGUAUAUAUUAUAGAUUUUCUCUUAAACCGCUUAAAUAAAGAAAUCUACAAGCCGCUGCUCAUUAACUUCUCAGCACAGACUACUGCAGCUCAGACUCAAAACAUCAUUAUGUCAAAGCUUGAUAAAAGGAGAAAAGGAGUCUUUGGUCCCCCUCUUGGGAAGAAAAUGGUUGUAUUUGUGGAUGAUGUCAACAUGCCAGCAAGAGAGGUCUAUGGCGCUCAGCCUCCAGUGGAGUUACUUCGUCAGUGGUUAGAUCACUGGAACUGGUAUGACCUGAAAGAUUGCAGUAUGAUUAGACUUGUGGAUAUUCAGAUCAUGUGUGCGAUGGGUCCACCAGGCGGAGGUCGAAACCCAAUCACUCCUCGAUAUCUACGACACUUCAAUACAGUUACGAUUAAUGAGUUUGAUGAUGCUUCAAUGUAUACCAUUUUCUCCAGAAUAAUAGAUUGGCAUCUUAAUAUAUGUUACAGCUUCUCCCCGGACUGUAUUCAACUGACUUCACAGAUUAUAAACAGCACCAUGACUAUAUAUAAAGAGGCUAUGGACAAUCUGCUCCCUACUCCAACGAAAUCACACUAUUUGUUCAAUCUGCGUGAUUUCUCUCGAGUGAUUCAAGGCGUUUGCCUGUCAAGACCUGAAACAACAGAAUCUACAGGAACAAUAAAACGUCUUUGGGUUCAUGAGGUCCUUAGAGUGUAUUAUGAUCGCUUAGUCGAUAAAGCAGAUCGAUCCUGGCUUGUUGGAUGCAUACAAGAAGUAGUGAAAAAACACUUUGAAGAAGAGUUUGACGAACUUUUCCAGAGAUUGGACUUCAAUUAUGAUGGUAGGGUGGAAGAAGAUGAUUUGCGAAGUCUGAUGUUCUGUGAUUUUCAUGAUCCUAAAAGGGAGGAUACAAACUACAGAGAGGUCUUGGAUGUGGAUCAUUUGAGAGUGGUUGUAGAGAGUCAUCUGGAAGAGUACAAUACUAUGAGCAAAAAACCCAUGCAGUUGGUUUUGUUCCGAUUUGCCAUAGAACAUGUUUGUAGAAUUUCGCGUAUUUUGAAGCAACCUCGUAGCCAUGCUCUUCUGGUUGGUGUUGGAGGAAGUGGGCGGCAGUCUCUAACCCGUUUAGCUGCAUAUAUGUCAGAUUAUACACCUUUUCAGGUUGAAAUAUCUAAGAGUUAUGGGAGCAAUGAAUGGCAUGAAGACUUAAAAGUCAUCCUAAGGCGAUCUACUGAAGGUGAGAUGCAAGGAGUUUUCUUAUUCACUGAUACCCAGAUAAAAAGAGAGUCGUUUUUAGAAGACAUCAACAACUUGUUAAAUGCUGGAGAAGUCCCAAACCUCUUUGCAGUCGAUGAGAAGCAAGAAAUUUGUGAAAAGAUGCGCCAAAUAGACCGCCAGAGAGAUAGAACCAAGCAGACGGACGGCAGCCCCAUUGCUCUUUUCAACAUGUUCAUUGACCGUUGCCGAGACCAGCUGCAUGUUGUAUUGGCCAUGAGUCCCAUUGGAGAUGCCUUCCGUAACCGUCUUCGAAAGUUUCCAGCUCUUGUUAAUUGCUGCACAAUUGAUUGGUUUCAGUCCUGGCCUACAGAUGCAUUGCAGGCUGUUGCCACUCGCUCUCUGGAAGAUAUUGAAAUGUCAGAGGAAACCCGGAACGGCUGCAUUGAUAUGUGUAAAAAAUUUCACACUACUGCCAUUAAUUUGUCUGAAUCGUUCUUUGCUGAACUCCAGAGACACAAUUACGUAACACCUACUUCAUACCUGGAGUUGAUUUCCACAUUCAAAACCCUACUGGAAAAGAAUAGAGCUCAGGUGAUGAAAAUGAAAAAAAGAUACGAAGUUGGCUUGCAGAAACUGGAUUCCGCGGCUGCUCAGGUGGCCACCAUGCAGGUGGAACUGGAAGCUCUGCAGCCCCAGCUCAGGGUGGCUAGCAAGCAGGUUGACGAGAUGAUGCUUGUUAUUGAGAAGGAGUCCUUGGAAGUUGCGAAGACAGAAAAAAUCGUCAAAGCGGACGAGGCUGUGGCCAACGAGCAAGCGAUGGCCGCCAAAGCAAUCAAAGAUGAAUGUGAUGCGGAUCUGGCAGAGGCCUUGCCCAUCUUGGAAAGCGCCCUGGCGGCUCUUGACACGUUGACUGCACAGGAUAUCACGGUUGUGAAGUCUAUGAAGAGUCCUCCUGCUGGUGUGAAGCUUGUUAUGGAAACCAUUUGCAUCUUGAAAGGCAUCAAGGCAGAUAAAAUUCCAGAUCCUACAGGCACGGGGAAAAAGAUAGAAGAUUUCUGGGGUCCAGCUAAGAAACUUCUGGGGGACAUGAGAUUUCUGCAGUCUCUUCAUGAAUAUGAUAAAGACAACAUCCCUGCAGCUUACAUGAGUAUCAUUAGAAAACAGUAUAUCACCAACCCUGAGUUUGUUCCUGAGAAGAUUCGAAAUGCUUCAACAGCUGCAGAAGGGCUGUGCAAGUGGGUCAUAGCCAUGGAUUCCUAUGAUAAAGUGGCAAAAGUUGUUGCCCCUAAGAAGAUAAAGCUCAAUGCAGCUGAAGGGGAACUGAAGGUUGCAAUGGAUGGUUUGAGAAAGAAACAAGCAGCUCUAAAAGAAGUUCAGGACAAGCUAGCUAAACUGCAGAAGACACUAGAACAAAAGAAGCAGGAGAAAGCUGACCUAGAGAACCAGGUUGACUUGUGCAGCAAGAAGCUGGACCGAGCGGAAAAAUUACUCGGCGGCCUUGGAGGUGAGAAAACCCGCUGGAGCCAGACAGCUUUGGAACUGGGAAAGCAGUACAUCAACUUGACAGGCGAUAUCCUCAUCUCGUCAGGCAUUGUAGCUUACUUGGGAGCCUUCACAUCCAGCUACCGACAAAAUCAAGCCCGUGACUGGAUAUUGACCUGCAAAGCAAGAGGCAUCCCCUGCUCAGAUGAUUUUUCCUUAACAACUACUUUAGGAGAACCAGUGAAAAUCAGGGCUUGGAACAUUGCCGGGUUGCCUUCUGACUCCUUUUCCGUCGACAAUGGUAUCAUCAUCUCGAAUGCGAGAAGGUGGCCUCUCAUGAUAGAUCCUCAGGGUCAAGCCAACAAGUGGGUGAAGAAUAUGGAGAAAGCAAACAGCUUGCAUGUCAUCAAGCUCAGUGACUCUGAAUUUGUGCGGACACUGGAAAACUGUGUUCAGUUUGGCACGCCCGUACUGCUGGAAAACAUCGCUGAAGAACUGGACCCAAUUCUUGAGCCACUCCUACUUAAACAGACAUUCAAACAGGCUGGCAGCAUCUGCAUCCGUUUGGGAGACUCAACCAUUGAAUAUGCUCCUGACUUCCGCUUUUAUAUUACAACCAAGCUGAGAAAUCCGCACUACCUCCCGGAGACCUCCGUCAAAGUGACGUUACUGAACUUCAUGAUAACUCCAGAGGGCAUGCAAGAUCAGCUUCUAGGAAUAGUUGUCGCGCGAGAGAGGCCGGAUCUCGAGGAAGAAAAGCAAGCCCUGAUCUUGCAAGGAGCUGAAAACAAACGGCAGCUAAAGGAGAUAGAGGACAAAAUUUUAGAAGUUCUGUCGUCUUCUGAAGGAAAUAUUUUAGAGGAUGAAACUGCUAUCAAGAUACUGUCUUCGUCUAAGGCUUUGGCUAACGAAAUCACAGAAAAGCAAGCUAUAGCGGAAGAAACGGAAAAGAAGAUAGAUGCCACCCGAAUGGGCUACCGCCCCAUUGCAAUUCAUUCAUCGAUUCUGUUUUUUUCAAUUGCUGAUCUGGCCAACAUUGAGCCCAUGUACCAGUAUUCCCUCACAUGGUUCAUCAACCUUUUUAUCAUGUCCAUAGAUAAUUCUGAGAAGUCAGAAGUUUUACAAGACAGGCUGAGGAUUCUCAAAGAUCAUUUCACUUACUCCCUCUAUGUCAAUAUCUGCCGUUCCCUCUUUGAAAAAGACAAGCUGCUCUUCUCCUUCUGCCUGAACAUAAACCUUUUGAAACAUGAUAAACUGGUAAAUGAGGACGAAUGGAAGUUUUUGCUAACGGGAGGCAUAGGCCUGGACAACCCUUAUUCUAAUCCCUGCCCCUGGCUUCCACCCAAAUCAUGGGAUGAAUUCUGCCGCCUUGAUGAUUUGACUGUCUUCAAAGGCAUUCGGAAGGGAUUCAUCCACUUGAAAGAAGGGUGGAAAUCUGUUUAUGAUAGCCUGGACCCCCACCACGAGGUAUUUCCUGAGGAGUGGCAAGAGAAAGUGGAGAGUUUCCAGAGGAUGCUCAUCAUUCGCUGCCUAAGACCUGACAAAAUUAUUCCAAUGGUGCAGGAAUUUAUCAUUGGCAAUUUGGGGCGUAUGUUUAUUGAACCGCCGCCUUUUGACUUGUCCAAAGCGUUUGGUGAUAGUCAUUGCUGCGCCCCGCUGAUCUUCGUGCUGUCUCCUGGUGCAGACCCCAUGGCGGCUCUUCUCAAGUUUGCUGAUGAUCAGGGCUUUGGCGCAUCGAAACUGAGCUCCUUGUCAUUGGGCCAAGGUCAAGGCCCCAUUGCCAUGCGCAUGAUCGAGAGAGCGGUGAAAGAGGGCAGUUGGGUGGUUCUGCAGAACUGUCACCUAGCGACAUCGUGGAUGCCCACCCUGGAGAAAGUCUGUGAGGAACUCAACCCAGACACGACACAUCCUGAUUUCCGUCUGUGGCUCACGAGCUACCCGUCUCCCAAUUUCCCCGUUUCUGUGCUCCAGAAUGGCGUGAAGAUGACCAACGAGGCCCCGAAAGGUUUACGGGCAAAUGUAAUCCGUUCCUAUCUGAUGGACCCCAUCUCCGACCCGGAGUUCUUCAACAGCUGCAAACGGCCUGGUGAAUUCAAGAAGCUGCUCUAUGGCCUCUGUUUCUUUCAUGCGCUGGUCCAAGAGCGUCGCAAAUUUGGACCCCUGGGCUGGAAUAUUCCUUAUGAGUUCAAUGAGACUGACCUGCGGAUCAGCGUGCAGCAGCUGAACAUGUUCCUGAACCAAUAUGAGGAGCUGCCGUUUGACGCCAUCCGCUACAUGACGGGGGAGUGCAAUUACGGGGGCCGGGUGACCGACGACUGGGACCGGCGGACGCUGCGCAGCAUCCUAAACAAGUUCUACAAUCCGGUCAUCGUCACGGACCUGGACUACAAGUUUGAUUCCAGCGGCCUUUAUUAUGCUCCUCCCGAAGGAGAGCAUCUAAGCUACAUUGAAUACACCAAGACCCUUCCUCUGAACCCUGCCCCAGAAAUCUUUGGGAUGAACUCCAACGCCGAUAUCACCAAGGAUCAAUCCGAAACGCAGUUGUUGUUCGAUAACAUUCUUCUCACACAGUCUCGCGCAUCAGGUGGUGGUGCCAAAUCAUCCGACGAAAUUGUCCGCGAGGUGGCCAGCGACGUCCAAAGCAAGCUGCCCGCCGACUUCCACAUCGAAGCGGCCAUGAGGAGAUACCCGACGACCUACACCCAGAGCAUGAACACUGUGCUCGUCCAAGAGAUGGGGCGCUUCAACAAAUUACUGCAAACAAUCCGAGACUCCUGUAUCAACAUUCAGAAAGCGAUCAAGGGUCUGGUGGUGAUGUCUGCGGAACUGGAAGAGGUAGUAAAUAGCAUUUUGAAGGGCAGAAUCCCAGGCAUGUGGAUGAAUAAAUCUUACCCAAGCCUCAAACCACUUGGCAGCUACGUGAAUGAUUUUCUGACCAGACUGAAGUUCUUACAGACAUGGUAUGAGAAUGGAACUCCUCCUACGUUCUGGCUAUCUGGCUUUUUCUUCACUCAAGCCUUCUUAACUGGUGCCCAGCAGAAUUUUGCCAGGAAAUACACCAUCCCAAUCGAUCUCCUAGGGUUUGACUAUGAAGUCCUGGAGGACAAGGAAUACAAGCACGCGCCUGAAGAUGGAGUCUAUAUUCAUGGGUUGUUCCUCGACGGAGCACGCUGGAACAGGAAGACGAAGAAACUAGGAGAAUCUUACCCUAAAAUCCUUUAUGAUAACAUGCCAGUGAUGUGGUUAAAACCUUGCAAAAGAUCCGACAUUCCUGAACGGCCCAGUUACUUGGCUCCGGUGUACAAGACAAGCGAGAGAAGAGGAACUUUGUCCACUACAGGACACUCCACCAAUUUUGUGAUUGCCAUGAUUCUUCCUUCCGAUAAACCAGAGGAACACUGGAUUGGACGAGGGGUGGCCCUUUUAUGCCAGCUUAACUCCUAACCCAAUAAUGCACAGGGCCGUGUGUGAGA